UCCGCGCUGGUGCUGGGGACCACGGCUGGCCGAAGGGUGGUGAGAGUGGUUGGAGCGGACAAGUCUGGGCAGCGCUCGGGGACUGGCACCGGUUCGCGCACUCAUUCAAGUGGCUCUCGUCCCAGCAGUUCUCGCUGACCGCGCUUAGCUGCGUCUUCGGCGCUCCCGUACCCUGAGCUCAUCUGCCAACGUGGUGGAGUCGGUCCGCACCAUGCCUAGCCUUUGGGAUCGCUUCUCGUCGUCCUCCCCCUCUUCGUCUGCGUCCUUGUCCCGAACGCCCACCGCCGAUCAGAGCGCCGCGCUGGAAGGAGUCAAACCCACCAGCACCCAGAUGGCGGAGGGAUGGAGGAGCACGGAGUGCUGGUUUCUUCGGGAAGCAUCAUCCCCCCCGCGAGCGAGUUGCUCUGACACCGUCCCCUGUGUGCUCCCCCUUGCAGACACGGCAUACCUGGACGGGGUGUCCCUGCCCGACUUUGAGCUGCUCAGCGACCCCGAGGACGAGCACCUGUGUGCCAACCUGAUGCAGCUGUUGCAGGAGAGCCUGGCCCAGGCACGACUGGGCUCGCGGCGCCCCGCGCGCCUGCUGAUGCCCGGCCAGCUGGUGAGCCAGGUGGGCAAGGAACUGCUGCGUCUGGCCUACAGCGAGCCCUGCGGCCUGCGGGGGGCGCUGCUGGACGUCUGCGUCGAACAGGGCAAGAGCUGCCACAGCAUCGGCCAGCUGGCCCUCGACCCCAGCCUGGUGCCCACCUUCCAGCUGACCCUGGUGCUGCGCCUGGACUCACGCCUCUGGCCCAAGAUCCAGGGGCUGUUCAGCUCCGCCAACAGCCCCUUCGUCCCUGGCUUCAGCCAGUCCCUGACGCUGAGCACCGGCUUCCGAGUUAUCAAGAAGAAGCUGUACAGCUCCGAGCAGCUGCUCAUCGAGGAAUGUUGAACUUGGGGCCGGGGGCCGACGCCACAGCAGACAACUGAACUUUUGGGGUGGACACUGGCAGGCAGGAGCUGAGGAGCUGCUUGCUGCCUGUUAGUUAGAGAACUGACAGCCACUUGAGGGGCGGUGGGGGAGAAAGUGUUUCUGGGAAGCUCACGGAGGUGUGUAGAGGUGGCUUCUCGUUGUGGGCACAGGCUUGCCCUCAGUACUGUAGCAUGAAACAAAGGUUUAGGGGCCAACCAGGCUUCUGGCUGGAUGUGUAUGUAGCAUGUACCUUAUUUUUAUUGUUACUGACAGUUAAGAUGACAGUGGUGUGACAGCCAGGAGAGCAGCUGGGCUGCACUGGCCUCUGCAAUUGCAAUCCGUGUGUGCUCAAGGUAGCUGGCCCGGGGGGAGGGGGAGGUCAUGGAGGUGUUUUGUGUAUCUCAUGGUCUGAAGGGGCCAAAUGUGUGUGUUCUUUGUUUUUGCAUCUUUUGUUUUUUUGACCAGAGCUUCACUACUGACCUGUUCUAGGCAGCUAUCUUACAGACGCAUGAAUGUAAGAGUAGAGAAGGGUGGGUGUUGGGAUCACUUGGGGGAUCUUUGACACUUGAGAAAAAAAUACACCUGGGAGCUGCGCUUGUCCCAUCCCCCGAAGUGUACUGAAGAGUUUAUCUGUGAGUGGUGGGGCUGACUGGGGUGGGGGCUGGCACCCCUUCCCCAGAGGAGUGCCAUCUGGGUCUUCCAUCUAGAACUGUUUACAUGAAGAUACUCCCUGUUCAUGAAUACACUUGAUGUUCAAGUAUUAAGACCUAUGCAAUAUUUUGUACUUUUCUAAUAAAAAAAGUGUUUGUUAAAA